GCCUUACCCCCGAAGAUCGAAGUCGAUGCAAAACGUUAUACGUAUGAUCCGUGUCCUCUCGUUGGAGGUAUACCAAUCCCAGAUCACAUCUUCCUGCAUUACAUGAACUGUCCAAAUCCCUCAAGCAAGGAUGCGUGGUUGGGAAGACUUCCCAAGAAACUCGAUACGAGUAUUACGCACAAUGCGCCAGCGGUUACUUAUGGCUGGGGAGUACAUAUUGAUGAGGGCCCUAAUUAUGGUGCAAUUGCUUGGAUGAAUUUCUUUGUGCUGUUGUUGAGUGGGGCUGCGGCGGCAUUGUGGAAUUUUUACCGGAAGGAUUUCCAAGGAGCGUUCGGUUUUUCUUGUUGGAUUAUCGCAGUUUUGAAUAGCCUCAUGAUUGGUUACUUCUUUCGAUGGAAGAAUGAAUGA